CGGCUCCUUCCUCCUCCUCGUGGUUUCGGGGUGGGAGGGUGUUCGGGCACCCCCGCCAUGCCUGAGCCCUCUAUCACCUCCAGACUUCAGCUUUCCGGGUUCUGCUUCCUCCUCCAAAUCCUCCUCAUCAUCCUCUUCGCCCUCUUUGUCCGGUACAGCCCGGAGAGGAGUCCGGGACUCGAUUCCCAGGAGCUGAACUGCAGCUGGAGGAACCGGGAUUUGGGAUUGCAGCCUCCCCGUUCCUGGGAUGUCCAUCUCCAGCCUCUCCUUGGCUUCGGGCUCCUGGUGACCUUCCUGGCCCGGUACCGGUUGGGCAGCGUGGCCAUCAGCAUCCUCGUCGUGGCCUUUGUCAUCCAGUGGGCUGUACUGAUCCAGGGGUUUUUAUACUCCUUCCAGAAUGGAAAAAUUGUGGUUGGAGCUCAGAGCAUGGUCAGUGCCAACCUCUGCACCAUGGCUGUUCUCAUCUCCACUGGGGCUGUUCUGGGCAGGAUAAAUCCUGUCCAGACGCUGCUGAUGACCCUGCUGGAAGUCACCAUCUUCACUCUCAAUGAGUUCAUCCUGCUCAGCCUCAUGGGGGUGAGGGACAGCGGGGGCUCCCUGACUGUCCACACUUUUGGAGCUUACUUCGGGCUGAUGGUUUCACGGAUCUUGCACCAGCCCCGGAUGGAUGGGAUGCAAGAGGAGCAGGACAAGGGACAUCAGGCAGAUGGCUUUGCUGUGGCUGGAACCAUUUACCUCUGGAUCUUCUGGCCCAGCUUCAUCUCAGCCCCCACAUUCUGUGGCACCACAGAGCCCUGGGCAGUGCUCAACACCCACUUCUCACUGGCAGCAAGCACCCUGGCCACCUUUGUCCUCUCUCCUAUCCUCCAUGAGGAGGGAACGCUGUGGAUGGUUCAGCUCCAGGAUGCCACCUUGGCCAGUGUGGCUAUGAUGGGAAUGGCUGGGGAGAUGCUGGUCACCCCCUUUGGGGCCCUCACCGCAGGGUUUCUGGCUGGCCUGGUCCCCCUGCUCGGCUCCAGGUUCCUCAUGCCCUUCCUGCGCUCCAGGCUGAAAAUCCAGGACACGUGUGGGAUCCACAACAUCCACGGGCUGCCAGGGGUCCUGGGGACCCUGCUGGGGACCCUGCUGGCAGCGCUGGCUACUGCAGAUGCUUACGGUGACAGGCUGCAGGUGGUGUUCCCAGAGGUGGCUCAGGGCACCCGGACAGCCACGGGCCAGGGGCUCCUCCAGCUCUGUGCUCUGCCCCUCACCCUGCUCCUUGCCACGCUGGGAGGCUGCCUCACGGGUGAGGCGGUGCCGGUUCUGGGUCGGUGCCGGGUCCCGCGCUGCCGCUAG